CUUGGUGACAAUGUUCUGUCAGCUCAUUUUGUCAAAGAACUGGAGCAUUUUUACAAGAAGGCAGACAAACGAGAUCAAUCAAAAUGCCUAGAGCUGAUAACAUCCAUGAACCAUUGUGAGGACCUUAAAAAGCACCUGAAGAAACUUCACUACCUCAAGUCAGCCAUGCCUGAUAUCGAUGACGAUAUUCAUAACUCUACGCUGGAUCCUUAUCAGACUUCUUAUAAGAGGGAUUACCCAUACAAAACUGCUGGACACGUAUGGGCAGUAAG